ACUUGAUUUUGCCGGCUAGCUGUAUUAUGGCGGUGAUAGGAGGAAACUAGAUGAUGUCUUUUAUUUUGCAAUGAUUUAUAGCUUUUGCAUUCCCGUCCAGAUUAUAAUAUAGAGAUAUAAACGUGUUACUUCCGUAUUAGUUUUAGUUUCUACGCAUAGACACGAAGCUUGUUUGGAAAAUCCGAGCGUUUCGCUUGCUGCUUGCUUUGCUAGUGUGCUCCUUGAGAAGUUUAGACAUGUGCACACAGACGAAGGCGGCUGCUCUCAUGGCCAACAUACCGCAGGCAGACAUCGACCCUUCCGGGGUAUUUAAGUACGUCUUGAUCCGUGUUCAUAGCCGAGAGGAGGGGGACGACUCGGAGGUGGAUAUAGUCCGAGGAUACGGCUGGGCUGAGUACCACGCUGACAUCUAUGAGAAGGUAGCAGAGGAGCUGGAAAGGGACGGGCACUUGGACUGUGAGUGUAUAGGAGGAGGGAGAAUCAAACAUGACCCCCAGGCCAAGAAGAUCCAUGUCUACGGAUACUCCAUGGGAUUCGGAAGAGCAAACCAUGCAGUGACCACUGAGAAACUCAAGGUUCGGUAUCCAGACUCUGAGGUGACCUGGGAUAAUGAAGGCUACUGAAAUGAACUUUAAACAGCUUCUACUUGAUUCCCUGUAACCCUGGACUGAUGUAUUUUUUUUGUAACCCUUCGUUAUCAGGCUAAACACAUUUAGGAUUUUUCUUUUUAUUAAUACAACAGCUUUAAGUUUUCACCUUCCUUCCUUGUGUAAAACAUAACAGCUUUUCGUAGUGUAGCUAAUAAUUUAAUGAAUGUAAUUUGUCAUGUGGAAACAUUUUAAAUAAAUGACUGCCUGCGCUGGCUUUGCAGAUUACCGCCCUCUCCUUCACUGACUCGUUUUAGAGUCAUGAUCCCUCAUAAAUUUCUUUGGAAAUUA